GACAGUGAAACAUCUCUAUAUCUUCCUUCUCUCUCUUCCUGAGGCAUAAAUUUCAGACCGUCUGCAGCCAGCCUGUACGAAUUGAUCUCUCUUUCCUCGUCUGCGCUCUUCCCCUUCUUCACAAGAUACACAACAUAUAGCACAAGGAGGAGGACGUUGAGUAAUCUUCUGCGCUCUCUCUCCCUCUUUGUUUCUUUCUUUGAAUCCCAAAAACCCUCUGCGCAGAGCUCAGAGGAGAUUCCCAACGGACUCUGUCUCUCUAAAAAAGUCUUUGGUCCUUUCUCUCUCCCCCUGCCUCUGAAUCUGUUCAGAAAUUUGCUUCUUUCUUGAGGAAUCUUUUCUCUGUCUCUCCCGCUCGCGCGCUCUUACAGAGAUGCCGCCGACGCUCUGCGGCCGCUCGAGCAUUAGCACCGUUACCACAGCGACGGAGGACUCGUCGCAGACCCUUGUUCCCCACACCCCCUCCAAGAAACCGCCGCCCCCCAGCUCCAUCUCCCACCUCCUCCGGUUCUCUCUAAUCCAAUGCUGCUCCACCACCACGACCACCGCCGCCACCGCUCCCGCACCCGCCGCCCCACCACCACGGGCUCCUCCUCCGACGCCACGGCCGACGACCGCCCCUCCAUCUCCGGCACCACCGUCACCGGCACUUUCUACGGCCACCGCCGGGGCCACGUCAGCCUCUGCCUCCAGCAGGACCGACUCGCCACCACCCCUCCCCUCCUCCUCGACCUCGCCAUCCCCACGAAGCUCCUCGCCAAGGAGAUGCACUCCGGGAUCGUGCGGAUUGCACUGGAGACGGACCGGCGCCGGGACGGACCCCAGUCCGAGUCCGGCGCCGACCCGCCUCUUCACUCCGUACCGGUCUGGACCACGUUCUGCAACGGCCGACGGCUCGGCUACGCCGUGAAAAGGAGGGUAUCCGAGAAGGACCGUCUCAUCCUCAAGACCGUACAGUCGACGUCCGUAGGCGCCGGCGUCAUCCCGUCGGAGGACGGCGAAGUCAUGUACAUGCGAGCCGGGUUCCGCCGAGUCGUCGGCUCCGCUGAUUCCGAGUCGUACCACCUCAUCAACCCGGACGGCACCGGCGGGCAAGAGCUCAGCGUCUUUUUGCUGAGGACCGGGUGAGGAUUUUCACCGAAAACGCAAGGGCAUAUCCGUCAAGCAAAUUCUUGGUGGCUUUUCUCUUCUUUUUUUUUUUUUGGUAGUCACUUUGAUUGUGUUUCUUGUCAUUUUCUUGUUCUCUGUUACUCUUUCUCGUGUUGAUAAAUUCGCACCGCUUUUUCGCCCUUGUUCUA